GCAGCCAGAGUCUUCCUUGGAGAUUAAAAAGAACAAGGAUAUUCAUAAAGGUACAAGUGAGGAUUUUAAGUUGAUUUUGUCACAGCUGAAGAUGGAGAAUUAUGGAAGGAAAAAACUUACUCUUAAGGAUGUAUUAUGUAUUGGACAAGACACUCUACUGGACAUAGAACUUCAGAUACCUGAAAAUACCCCAUGGUAUUUCCUACAGAAACUUAUGGCUCUUAAUAGUAAGGCACGAAAUACAACACUGAUCCAAUGUGAUUAUGAUGAGGAUUUAUUAUGUUCUGGCUUUGAACAGGAUCUAUAUUGUGAAAAUGAUUUUAACACAUCAAAUUCCUUACACCCCCUGGAUGUUCUGUGCGUUCUUCUGCAUUGCUCAGAUGCAUUUUUACAACAGGAAAUUGUAACAAAAAUGUGCAUGUGCCAGUUUGCUGUCCCUCUGCUGCUCCCUUCUAGUGAUGGCACAAACUUCACCCUCAUGCUGUGGGCAAUGAGAGAGAUUGUAAAGUCAUGGAGGCCCCAAUCGUUAGCUGAGUCUAAAGGAUUUAUGGAACACAGCUUGGUGCAAAUCUCUAUGCCAACCUUCUCUUUUGUCCGAAUAGGGAAAUGCAACCUUUCCAAAUCAAGAAUUCUAAAUCUACUGCUUAGUCAGACUCAGUCACACUAUGAUUAUUUUGUGAAUAUUGACAUGGAGUGUGGAAAUAUUCCUAGAAAAAUAUCUAAUGGUUUAGUGGAAAUAUCUUGGUAUUUUCCUGGAAGUGUAACUGGCUCUGACAAUUAUCCAGAACCCAUUGCAAUAACAAAUCUACGUGGAGACCUGGUAUCUAACUGGAAACAGUUCAUGUUUUUAACAAAAGUAUCAUCAGCUGUUUUUAUAUUUGCUGAAAAUCUUACUGAGAAGGAGUAUGACUUGCUAACUAAUUGCAGAGAUGGAAAUGCUAAUUACUACUUCAUAGUAGACUCAAGUGCUGAAAAACACAUUUAUCAGAGAACAGUUGGUUAUCUGAAAAAGCUCUUCCCAGAACUAAAUAUGAAACAUUUCUUAUUUGCCAAGAAUUCUAGAAAUGUCACAGACUUGGUGAGGAAAAUCCAAAACAUUAUUGUUGACUUUAUAAAAAAUCCUGGUAGGAAUAUUAAACUGGAGGAAAUGGUCGACACAGCCAGUGCUCAUGGCAUUAAUAUAGAUGAGAAUAUGGUAGAAUCUCAGCAAAUGAGAGAACGUGCUUGGGGAGUUGUCAAAGAGAUAACGGAUGUGUUAACAUACAAAAGAGAGAAAAUGAAACUGCAAGGAGAGCUCUGGAAAGAGUUGUCCAAAACAGAAAAAGAGAUGUGUCGAAUGAGAAUGCAAGGUAACAAUAACGGCAGUAUUUACAGGUCUAAGCUAGAGAAAAAAUGUGUACAGUUGCGUGGCCAACAAUAUCAGCAUUGUAUUCCCAUUCCCGUUGGUAUAAGUAAUUUUAUAAAUGCAAUAACUGGUGCAUCUCAGGAAGGAAAACACUUUUUCCUAAAAUGGAUAAAAUGGUAUCUGGAUUCAAUUGCUAGAAAGAAUCUAUCAAUGCUACAAGCUCAACAUAAAGAUAAAUGCAAAACUCCAAGUCAACAAAAACAACUAUAUCAGAAAAUGUCUGAUAGCUCCUUAGGGGUUGAACACUUCUUGCGUGAGAUUGGACAGUUUUACGAAGCAGAAUAUUUCAGAACUAAGCAGGAAAAACUGAAUAAGACUCAGAGAAAAUUUAAUGAGCUUCCAGGAAUAGCAGCAGAUAUCCUAUUGGAUGGGUUCCCACUGGAGCUGAUUGAUGGAGAUGCCUCCAACAUUCCCAUACAAUGGAUAUCUGAUGUCCUAACUGAGAUGGACAAGAAGACUGGAGGAGGGUGCAAGCUCAGGGUAAUAACUGUGUUGGGGGUGCAGAGCUCAGGAAAAUCUACCCUGCUGAAUACCAUGUUUGGCUUGCAAUUUCCUGUGGCCAGUGGGCGAUGCACACGAGGAGCCUUCAUGACACUUAUUAGAGUGAAUGAGAACUUUAAAAUGGAGCUGGGAUGUGACUUUAUUCUGGUGAUUGACACUGAAGGUUUGAAAGCUCCAGAACUGGCUUCUCUGGAGGACAGUUAUGAACAUGACAAUGAGUUGGCAACACUGGUGGUUGGGUUGAGUGACAUUACCAUAGUUAACAUCUCAAUGGAAAACACAACAGAAAUGAAGAACACUUUGCAGAUUGUGGUCCAUGCGUUCCUUAGAAUGAAUGAAAUUGGAAAGAAACCCAUUUGUCAGAUUGUUCAUCAAAAUGUUAGUGAUGUUGCUGCUCAUGACAAAAAUAAGAGAAACAGAGAUACACUUUUGCAAGAAUUAAAUGAAAUGACCACGGUAGCUGCAAAAAUGGAGAAAAUAAACAAACCUAUGACAUUUUCUGAUAUUAUUGAUUAUAACCCAGACACACACAGCUGGUACAUUCCAGGUUUGUGGCGUGGUGGACCUCCCAUGGAUCCUGUAAACCUUGGAUAUAGUGAACAGGUUUCAAAGUUUAAAACAUUUUUGUUUCAGUUAAUGAAAGGAAGAAAGUCUCCGGGUCCUCAGAAUAUCAGUUCAUUAAUUCAAUGGAUAACAAGUUUGUGGAAUGCUGUGAAACAUGAGACAUUUAUUUUUAAUUUCAUGAAUAUCCUGGUAGCCCAAGCAUAUGAACAACUGUCCACGAAAUACAAUGAGCUGGAAUGGAAAUUCAAACAACAGGUCCACUUGUGGCUGACUGAAAAAGAGACCUUCAUUAAGAAUCAACCAAUAAACAAGCUAGAAGAGGUUUGCUCUGAAAUUCUGGAAAAAUCCAUGAAUGAAAUACUAGACAAAGAGGAGGCCCAAAUGAUAAAGCAGUUAACAGAUUACUUUGACAGUGGAUGUAACAAUGUUCAUUACGUGGAAAAAUACAGAGUAGACUUCAUAAAUAGCGUCAAAUGUUUCCGAAUGAAACAGGAAGCUUUAAUUUCCAGGAAAUGUACUGAAGCUUAUCGUAUUCAGAAGGGGAAAGAGGAGAUAAAAAACAUUGAGAAUAAUAAUUUUCAAAUUAUUGAUGAGAAGUUUUCCAUUUAUUUGGAAAAUCGCAAAUGGGAAUCCCGUGAGAUGAGUGAUGCGGAGGUGAAACAAGAAUUUGAUACUUUGUGGAACAGUUUUUUGUCAGAUUUACACGUUAAACGGUUGGAUAAGCAUAUUGUAGAGGAGGAAAUGUUGGAUCAACUUAAAAAUGAAAUGAAAGAUAGAGGGCCGGCCGUCAAUCAGAAAUUGCAAAGUAUAAAACGACUAGCAGAAUAUGCCCAAAGGACAUUUGAUGUAGAAAAAAACGACCUUAAUAUUAAGCUUUUCUCAUCAGGAUUUGUAGGAUAUGUUACGCAUACCUUCACAAGCAGACAUUGUACACAAAUAAAAAACAUUGUGUUAGCAUUACAAGUUAAUUGUGAAAAUUAUGUUUCACACAUAAUUGGCAAAAAAGAGGAUUACAAUGAAAUGUAUACUCAACAAUUGCUUAAUAUGAUUAAUGAUAGACUAGCUAAAGAUGAUAUUAAAAAACUACACCCUACUCCUUUGUUAGAGUUGAAAAUAAAACUACACAUUUUGGGCAAAGCGGCUCCUCAGUUUCAGAAGAUGCAUGAUGAGUUUGGUCAAAAUAAUGAUCCCAGACUACUUCUUAACAAAUUAAAACAACAGUAUUUCUCAAUAUUUCUAAACACUUUCCAAAAACACGAUGAAUCCAAACUCAGAGCUCAGAAAUUUUGUGAGGAAUGUCUGAAGCCUGCAAUAGUUGAAAAUAUUAAUCAAACCCUUGGGUAUGAAAUUAUCAAUGAUGUUUUGAAAAGUGCUGAUGGCAACAUAUACAAGAAUCGGAGUUAUUUUCAGUAUGUUAUUCUCAAAGAGCUUCUUGAAAUUAAUACGUUUGAAAACUAUCUAGAAUACGUUAGUACAUAUGAGAGAUUUUUGGAAAAAUGGAUUUUGAGCAACAUUUUAAAGAAAUAUAAAAAUUCUCAAGACUUGAUGAAUUUACUAUCAGGGCUUCUGUCUUCAGUUACAAACAAAAUUAGAUUUGCUCUCAAACACCCAAAUAUCCAAAAGGGCCAAAAUAUAACAGAAUUUCUGGAUAGCUUUUGUACUAUUUUAAACAGAUACUUAUGGUUUGCCCCAUAUGGAAUGAAAGCAAUAGCUUUCCAAAACAAUGUAAAGAUCUGCAAGUUUUCCACCGAUGUUGAGUUUUUCCUUACAAAGAUGGAGGAAGAAAUUUUGUCAAUAAUGAAAAACUUAAGCUUUGAGUCCAUUAUCUCCAAUCUUACAUUGAAACCUCAUAUUGAGUUGCUUGAAAAAAUAGUUGGAUGUGGCCGAAAAUGUCCAUUUUGCAAUGCUCCGUGCGAAGCAGCAGGUGCGCACCAUAAGAAUCACUUUGUAUCUGCUCAUCGACCGAAGGGAUUAGCACAAUGUACAUGGGCAAACAGUAAUGCUCUCUGUAAUUCUGUAUGUUCCACGGAUAUCCUCUGCAAUGACAUGUUUUCCACUCCAGAAACAGAAGGACAAUGGUGUUCCUACAAAGACUAUCGCAAAAUUUAUCCUGAAUGGACCAUUCACCCUGAAAAAAGCUCAAACUCCUCAAACUAUUGGAAAUAUGUACUUAAAGCAUUUAACCUACAGUUUGCUAAGCACUACAAUGCUGAACCAGCUUCUAUUCCAGAUGAAUGGCAAAGUCUUACACAAAAACAUGCUCUCCAAAGUUUGAAGAAAAUCUAUAACGUGAAGUAAAAGGGACACUAAAGGACCGGUAA